UGAAGCCUCACCUCUGUCCACCCGGACACAGAUUGCAGAGUAUGGGGGAGCCGGGAUGCGGAGACCCCCACGGCACCAUGGACCCAGAUACUGACUCAGAGAGUGGCAGCAUUUUGGAGGAUGCUUUCCGGUAUAUUCUGGACACAAUGAGCAAAGAAGAAUUGCUAUCCCUGACAAUAGAAGAUAAAGCCUUGGAGAAUCUUGAGGCUGAGAAGGAUUUUUUUAAGUACUUCUUGAAGGGGUGGGAGGAAGGAGCGUCACUCACCCAUUUUGCCACGGAUGAGGAAGAGGCCCUCGGUGAGGGUCUUGGCAGUCUGAAAACAGAAAUGGAAGAAAAGGAAGACACAGAUUAUAGAAUCCAAGAAAUGGAUGCCAUGGGAGACAAAGAUGAAAACCAACGGGAGCAGGAAUUCAUACAGAGGUUUUUGAAAGAGUUUCCUCAGGUGAAAUGCAAACUUGAGGUGCAAAUAGCAGAGCUCCGGGCACUGGCAGACAAGGCCGACAAAGUACAACGAGACUGUACCAUCUCCAAUAUAGUGACCAACUCCACCAGCAUUGUUUCUGGCAUCCUGACCAUCAUUGGCAUGAGUCUGGCACCUGUGACAGCUGGGGCAAGUCUAGCAUUGUCUGCAACAGGGUUGGGACUGGGGAUGGCAUCUAGUGUGACAGGUGUGUGUACUAUCAUCGCGAAACAAUCAAUCAAGUCCUCUAUAAAAAAUAAAGCCAGUAAUUUGGAGUCGCCUGAAAUCAACACAGAGGAGAUGGUCAAGGAAGUUCUUCAGGAUGUUGCUCCAAAACUCAUGUCUGUAGCAACUGAUUGUGUUAAAGAUGGAGAAAAGAUUGUGAAGAGUGUCAAUGCCAUAAAGUUGAUCCAAGCCAGCCCUAAGCUAGCAUCCCAAGUCACAUGUUUCACAAAUGCUGGGAAAGUAUCCAUCCAAACUGGUGAGCAGGUGCAGAAAGUUCUUGAAGGCACGGUUCUGGCUAUGACCAAAGGAGCCCGUGUCUUUGGUGUGGCCAUGACAGGCAUCUCCAUUCUGGCUAGUGUAGGCAGUCUUGUGAAAGAUUCAGUAGACUUGCAUAAGGGCUCAAAGACAAGUUCAGCUAAGAAAAUGAGGCAGGAUGCUCAGGAGUUGGAGAAGAAGUUGGAGGAACUCGUAGACUUUCAUGCAUAUCUGCUUGGUUCUGAUUUUGUAACCCUAGAGGAGCACGGGGAGCAGAGGCCCGUCUGGGACAAAGGCAUGUAGACAACUUUUGGAGAAAAAAGAGGAUGAGGUGGAGAUCAUGAAAUUGGUGUUAUGGAGUUUUGACAUUUAUGUCAAAGAAUGCAGGGAUGGGCAGUGCGUAAGGAUGGUGAGUCAAAGACAAAUCAGGAACAUGGAAUCUGAAAUAAGGGAAGGGAGGAGGACUAGAAAGUGGAGGGGUAUGGAGAAACUAUUUUGGACCAAGGAAGACUUUCAGGACAUGAAUGAAGAGGCUUGGGGA